GAAGUGCUUAUAGCGGAAGUUGCAAAAGGGUGGAAAGAAAGGGAAGAAAUAUUAAACAUGGACCUUAACAAUUCAGACCCUGCUCCUCAUUUAGAGUCUAAAUGAUCUUUAAAAAGUCAUUGACUUUAUCAAUUAACUUCAGCAUGAUGCAGCAGACUUUAGAAGUUGCACUGGAUCGUGCGGAGUAUAUCAUUGAAAGUGCUCGCCAGCGGCCUCCAAAACGAAAGUAUUUAUCUAGUGGGAGAAAAUCAGUGUUUCAAAAGUUAUAUGAAUUGUAUCUAGAAGAAUGUGACAAGGAGCCUGAAAUAAAGCAGAAGCUGAGACGAAAUGUGAAUUUGUUGGAGAAGCUAGUCAUGCAAGAGACAUUGUCAUGCCUAGUAGUGAAUCUUUAUCCAGGAAAUGAAGGAUAUUCCUUGAUGCUCAGAGGAAAGAAUGGCUCAGAUUCAGAAACCAUUCGACUUCCUUAUGAAGAAGGAGAACUACUUGACUAUUUGGAUGCUGAGGAGCUACCCCCUAUUUUAGUUGACCUCCUUGAAAAAUCUCAGAUUAAUAUUUUCCAUUGUGGGAGUGUCAUAACAGAAAUACGUGACUAUAGACAGUCUGGCAGUCUGAAAUCUCCAACAUAUCAAAGCAAACACAUUCUUUUGCGCCCAACAAUGCAGACCUUGAUUUGUGAUGUGCAUUCCAUUACAAGUGACAACCACAAGUGGACACAGGAAGACAAACUUCUAUUAGAAAGUCAACUUAUACUGGCAACAGCAGAACCGCUGUGUCUAGAUCCAUCAAUUGCUGUUACAUGCACAGCAAACCAGCUUUUGUAUAAUAAGCAAAAAAUGAAUACUCACCCAAUGAAACGAUGUUUCAAGAGAUAUUCCAGGCCAUCUCUGAAUUACCAGCAGGAGGUGUCUCAAAGUACCAUUCCACCACAGUUCAAGCUAUUUGAUUAUUUACAAAAAAGAAAGGAGAGGAGAGGAAGCCAACAGUAUGAUCUCAAAAUUUCCAAAACUGGAAAUUGUGUUGAUAUGUGGAAACAGAACCCCUGUUAUUUGACUGCACCAUCUGAAAUAGAUGUGGAAAAAUAUGCUAAAGUGGAAAAAUCUAUCAAACCUGAUGACUCACAACCAAGUGUCUGGCCGAUUCAUGAAAUAAAAGAUGAUUAUGUCUUUGAAUGUGAAAAUGGCAAUCAUUUUCAGAAGACAAAAUUGACAAUUUUUCAGUCACUUGGAAAUCCAUUGUACUAUGGUAAAAUACAAACUCUUAAGAAUGAUGAGGAUAAUGAAAGUCCAUCACAUUUUCUUAUUGGCUCAAAGUCAGAAGCAGAAAGAGUAAUCAACCAAUAUCAGGAGCUGGUUCAAAAUGAAGCUAAAUGUCCUGUGAAGAUUUUUCAUAAUUCAAGUGGAUCAAUCCAUGUUAGUCAACUUUCUCCUGGGAAGGAACUAGAACAGACUGAGGGUGUGGCAGGUUAUAUUCAGUCUUCAGUGUUGGGAAAAGGUGUGAAACACAGACCACCUCCCAUCAAGCUACCUUCAAGUUCAGCAAGCAGUUCUUCAGGUAAUAUUUUUAGUCCACAGCAGUCAAGCAGUCAUCUCAAAUCCCCAACUCCUCCUCCUCCUCCUCCUCCUUCUGCUCUUCCUCCUCCUAAGCCUCCCUGUGUGUCUCGGAAGCAAUCUCUGGAUCUGAACCAAUUGAGCAUGCUUUCUUCGGCUUCUGUAUCUCCUGCAAGUGCUUCACAAAGGUCUGGAACUCCUAAACCAGCUACUCCUACUCCAACCAACACCCUUUCAUCGACCCCACACCCUGCUGAUGCUCAGAGCUCAACUCUGAUUACCCAUUCUGCUACCCUUACACCCCAAGAUUCAGGCUUCACCCCUCAGCCCACUUUGCUUACCCCGUUUGCUCAGCAGCAAAUGUCUCUGGGCCAGGCAUUGCCUGUAAUGACCAUUCCUCUUUCCACCAUGGUAACUUCCAUUACUACAGGAACAUCUUCCAACCAGGUCAUGACAAACACUGCAGGACUUAACUUCAUCAAUGUAGUGGGCUCUGUGUGUGGAACACAAACGUUAAUGAGUGGUUCAAAUCCCAUGUUGGGGGGUAGUACUGGUGCAGUCCCCCCUGCAGGUAUAAACCUGAGUAAUAUUUUACCUUCAGGAAAUCUGAUGCCAAAUGCACUCCCUGCUGCAAUGCAGCAUACCUCUCAGCCAGCAGGUGUCCCUUUUGGUUUAAAAAAUGCUCCAGGCCUUCGCCCAUUGAAUCUUCUACAGCUUGCAGGUGGCUCACUGAUAUUCAAUCCUCUCCAGCAGCAGCAGCAGCAACAGCAACAACAACUCUCCCAGUUUUCAUCUCAGCAGCCUACAACUUCUAAUCCUCAGCUACAGGGAGAUCAGGGUUCUGAGGAAGCGCCCCCAAACCAAGAUCAAUCCUUAUCUGCUCAGCAAACUGCUGUUGUUAACUUGACUGGCGUAGGGAACUUUAUCCAACCUCAGGCAGCAGUUCUUUCCCCAUCAAAUGGUUAUGGCGGUAGCAGCAUAAGCAGCUCUACUACAUCAUCAUCUAGGUACCCAGUCAAAAAGUAAAAAGAAAAAAAAAAGGCUUCACUGGUAUCAGAAUCCUGAAACUUGCAUUUGAGAGAUAUGUAUGUAUUUAAUAAUCAUCUUUUUUAAAAAAAUGUUUUUUCAUGAAGCUGAAUUUGUAGCUACACUGAGGCAUAGCAAUCAGCUGAAAUUUGUAAAAAAAAACUAUACUGUUUUAAGAUGAAAUUAUUUAUCUGGAAAUGUUACAUAAAUUUCAAGAUUAAAUAAUAUCGUGAAAUAAUGGAACUUCAUAAAUGUAACAUGUUUAUUAAAGUAAUGGUUUUAUGAGCAAAUAGUAAAUACACCUCUUACUAAUUAUACAUUUUUGGUUAUUUUA